CGUUAUGCUGGGGCCACCCGCAAUGUUCUCCAGUGCUUGACAUCAGCCUUGUACACUUCAACUCUACAUCCUCCAACUCUUCAACUAAACCAAUUUUCGUCCAAAAUGUCAAAUAUACGAAUUGCUUUCAAAGUCCACGGCACUGUUCAAGGCGUCGGCUUCCGCGACUUCACCCAAAAGUGUGCUAAGCUUGAUGGACUCAAGGGCUGGGUUAGGAAUACUACUUGUGGAAGAGUCGAAGGCGAAGCGCAAGGCAGCGACGAAAAAGUGCAGAAAUUCCUUCAGCGCAUCGACAAAGGUCCUUCUAUGGCUCAUGUAGUGAAGCUAGAGAAGCGAGACCUGGAAGUGCGUGAUGACGAGGAGGGAUUUGCUGUGAUGCGGACAGCAGAGUCCAUGUUCAAACCGGGGAACUAGGGGUUGAGUUCUUUUCGCUCCAUUACAAUCAACCAGAACACAAGUGAAGGCCAUAGCCAGAGAGUUCCUUGUACUUUAUCAUGCUGGGAAAUCUCCUUCCUUAUUGACCGGAGAGCUAUGAUUGCCACCUAGCCGUGUAGGAGAAAUGUAUAAUGACACAGACAUUCUUGCUAUUAAUAA